GUUAUCGACAUAUAUACUAAUAAUAAUAAUAAUAAUGGAAGCAAGCGCAACGUUUACGGGCGAUGUGGAUAAAACCCAGAUACCGCCGUUAAACCAAAAGCGCAUACUUGCCUUUGUUAAUCACUUUUUAAUUAGCACCUGCACUUUUCUCAACGAAUUCGCCUUGAAUUGCGAGACCAAAUUUGUGCGAAUGGAACGUCAGCUGCAAAGAACUGAAGCAGCUUUAAUAAUUCUAGAGGCCAAAUUAGCUUCAAUACCGGUAGAUAAUGAAGCAGAUAAUGCCAGCACGCCUCAAGUAAACACUGAGGCGACAAUCUCUGACGAAAUCGAUAAGCCAGCGCUGGCGGAGCCCACUGAAGUCGAAGUGAAAGGCGUGAAGGUCUGCGAAGAUAUCCAUUAUAAGAAAUUCUUUAAAAUGCUGCACGUGGGCGUGCCAGCGCCUGCUGUUAAAAUCAAAAUGCAGACCGAGGGUCUGGACCCACAACUGCUGGACAAACCCGACUUUUUGCUGGAGGAUGGCGUGCUGGAUUAACCUGUGCACCUCUAGACAGCCCACAUUGUGAUAUAGCAGACGG